UGCCUUCAUAGCUACCUUUUUCUUAUUGCUUUCCUUUUCCGUGAAAUUCUUGCUUACUUCGUAACUAGUGUUGCGUGUUUCAUGUUUAAUUUAUCCUAUAUCACUGAAAGGGUUCAAUCUGUUCAUUUUGUUUAGCAAAUGGAUCAAGAAUGGCGUAGAUUUGGUCUUUAAGCGGUUCUAGAUGUUUUUCUAUACAAAUAUUUCCUUAUCUUCUUACAAUCAAUUUGAAUCUCAGGCUUUGGCCUUUGGGUAACUUUUAUUUGUCCAUGGUCAUCAUGUAUAGGUUCACAAUGUAAUUUGAACUUUUCUCCCUUAUUUCUUUCAGUUCCACAAGUUAUGUUGAUUGUUAAACCUUGUAUAGAGAAAGACACACAGGGAGAGCAUUGAUUCCACGAUAAACUUGCUACAGGCAGAAAUGGAACCAAUUACAACUUUACAAGCAUAAUGGGUUUGAUGGCUGUUUGGAGGACAAAAAAUCUAGGCAAGAGUCUUCCACUAACAAGGUUUCUUCAUGCCUUGAAAGAUAAUCAAUCAGGCCAAAUUUUAAUGUCUCCACCUCUUGCAUCUUUGGACCUUCCUGACAUCUGGACUCCUUCUUCACGUCGGAGUAUUCCAGCAAUACAUAAAAGCUUUAAUGAGCAGACUGCUGUAGUAUUGGAUGGAAAGUUGAUAUCCAUGGAAAUCAGAUCAAAAAUAGCGGCUAAGGUGAGACAAAUGAAGAAAUGCCUAGGAAAAGUUCCUGGAUUAGCUGUAAUUUUAGUGGGCGAACGAAGGGAUUCUCAAACUUAUGUUCGCAACAAGAUAAUGGCCUGUGAAGAAGUUGGAUUCAAGUCUUUGGUGACUGAAUUACCCGCUGAUUGUGCAGAAACAGAUGUUCAAAAUGAAAUCAGGAGAUUUAACAGAGAUCCAUCCAUUCAUGGUAUUCUUGUGCAACUUCCUCUGCCACAACAUCUAGAUGAGGAAAAAGUUUUGGAUUGUGUAUCUCUGGAGAAAGAUGUGGAUGGUUUUCAUCCCCUCAAUAUGGGGAAUCUUGCCAUAAGAGGAAGGGAGCCACUGUUUACUCCUUGUACUCCAAAGGGCUGUAUUGAGUUAUUGAUUAGAUCAGGAGUCAAGAUCAUGGGGAAGAAAGCCGUAGUGAUUGGAAGAAGUAAUGUCGUUGGUUUGCCAACAUCCUUGUUAUUGCAGAGACACCAUGCAACAGUCACUGUCGUACAUGCCUUCACAGAAAACCCUGAACAGAUCACCUCAGAUGCUGAUAUUGUAGUUUCAGCUGCUGGAGUGCCUAAUUUGGUCCGUGGAAACUGGAUAAAACCCGGUGCAACUGUUAUUGACGUUGGUACAACUCCAGUUGAGGAUCCUGGCUUUCAGGAUGGUUAUCGUCUCGUGGGUGACGUAUGCUUUGAAGAGGCUAUGAAUGUGUCAUCCGUUAUAACUCCUGUGCCUGGCGGGGUUGGGCCCAUGACCGUUGCUAUGCUACUAUGUAACACACUAGAUUCUGCAAAACGCAUGCUCAGUUUUGCUUGACCGUACUUCCUUUCGUUUAAGGUGCUUGAUGACAGAGUGCCUAUCAUUAAACCUAUCACAAGGACAAUGUCAAGGAGGAUACAAGAAGAGUGGACUCAUGAUGAAGAUAAAAGGCCUAAGCUAUUAUUGGACUAUAAGCUUAUCUCCUAGCCUUUUCUCUUUUAUUAUAAUUUCUACCUUGUAUAUAUUUUCCUUAUUUUUGGACCUUUAAUUUUGGUCAUAUAGUGUAGGUAUUUUUGUUCUUAUAUUGUUUUUAAUUUGAGGGUGUAAAUAGUAGUUUCUGAGGGAUGCAACUAAAAAAGAUCCAUUAAUGGCUAUUCGACAUGGAUGGGUUGGUUUGCUCAUUUUUGGCUCAUGACUUGGACGUCCACUUGCUUGUGCAAGUGGCUUGGAUGUCCGAGACAUGUGGGGACCACUUGACCCCUUGUCCAUCCAAGUAGGUCAAUAGGCCAC